AUGGCCACGCAGGAGGAGUGGGCGUUCCCACUCCUGGCAAUUCGAGAUGAUGAUGAUGGCGACCACCGUUCAAACAACACAAGCAACAUCACCGACAGCCAGGUCCUUGCUCUCGAGGCCGUCUCGGUGACAUUUGCGACCAUCAGCGUCUUUGCUGCCUUCAUUGCAUUCUACUGGUUCGUUCGGAUGCGAAGAAGCUUCAGGCAAGACCUGAUCAUGCUCCUCAUCCAGAGUGAUAUGAUGAAGGCCUUUUGGCUCAUGAUCAGCCCCAUCAUCUACUUCAUCGCGGGACCUGAGGGGCCCAUCAACUCAAACAGUGCAUUUUGUCAGAUAAGUGGCUUCUUUCUGACCACUGCCAUUGAGGCUUCUGAUAUUGCGGUACUCAUGAUUGCAAUACACUCGGCACUCUACAUCCUUCGAAUCCAAACACCUGGGGGUGAGACCGGACUACAUCCAUAUCGACGAUAUGCCUACAUCAUCUGGCUCGUGGUUCCCCUGGCCAUGGCAGCCGUCAUUCCCAUUACUGGCUCUCGCUUCGCAGACAAUGGGCCCUUUUGCUAUCUGCCAGGAUCUCCUGGCUGGUAUCGGAUCUACCUGAGCUGGGUUCCCCGAUACAUCAUUUUCGGCAUCAUAUUCUUUGUAUACGCAUUCCUCUACGUCUACGUUGCGUGGCGCUUCCGAAAACUGCGGCUGGAUCAGAAGCGUGCAAGCUUUCAGAGUAUGCCGUCGCCAAAGUCCCAACUGCAAAGGUUUGCAGCCGUUCCGCCAACUCCGCCUCUGACAUACAAUGGCCUGCUCGAUUUAUCGAAUGCACAAACCCCCAUGGAGAGACAGCGAGAAAGGCGAAAUUCCGCCACCUCUGAUGUGAGCACGCUCAAGUUGAACGAGCCCACAGUGCCUACGCCAACCCCAACGCCUACACCAGGGGCUCCACUGCCCCAAGAAGAACCACAAACCCCCGAGGCAGCAGGUACACUUUUGUGGAACUGGAUCAUGGCGGAUCACGACGGUGCCACAAAUUCUGCACCACGCCGCGAUGCCACGGGCUCAACCUUGCCCUCGCACUUGACCGAAGCUGUGGGAUCGCCAGAUAUGGAUGCGCCCACCCUGACGAGACCACCGCCAAUCGCGCAAAGGACUUCUUACCCAGCGACUAUUUCGAUGGCGCAGACCCCCAAACCACGCAUUCCACCUGGUCGGCAGUCAUUCGCAAAGCCCUUUUGGCAACGCCCUCUAUCGUUCGCGAGUGUGACAGUCACCAGUACUGCGCCCAGAUACUCUGGAAUGCUACAGCGAGAUACGCCAGAAAUCACCGAUGGAGGCGAAAGUUCGUAUCCCUCAUUGUACAGGCCACUAUCAGUGACCGAGGACUCGCUGCGAAAAUCUCGGGACAAGAUGAACCGUCAACUACGGCUUCUGUUUGUGUACCCGCUGAUUUAUAUAAUUGCCUGGGUCGCUCCGUUCGUAUCCCACGUCUACAAAUACCAAAAUCCUACGGGAGUUUCAGCACAACAGCCGUAUGGCGUGUUGGUCGCUAGCAUUGCUAGCCUUUGUUUCGGUGCAGCUGUUGACUGCAUUUUCUACAGCGCAUGGGAGAAGCCCUGGCGGUUUUCCCGUGUCGGCUUUUGGGAAGGUCUGGCGUUACGGUUGAGGAUCAUUCGCCGGCGACGGGUAGGAGGACGAUCGAGGGAAGAGCAGCGGCGAGACGCAUCGGCCGCAUUCGACAGGCGGAAUGUGGAGCAAGCGGAUCGACAGGCAGCAGCAGCAAUGCAAAAGGCCAGAACAUCGAGAACACCAAGAGAGUGGUGGGAUAUCGAGGAACAGAACUCGCAAUGA